UUAAUGAAGAGGUCUCGCUUGUCAUGGUUGAUCUUAGCCGUUGCUGCACUCUCUGUAGUGUUUCUGGGCGGAAAACGCCGGGCAUUUGGCAUUUUUGUGGCUCAGCUACAUGUGGAAUUUAACCACACAAGUUUAGCGGAGCUCAAUUGGAUCGGUGAUUCCUAUGCAGCUGUCGGAUACUUGACCAGUGGUCUAUCGACAUCAGCAAUCCUAGCUUCGGGACGUCACUUUUGGGCAUCCCAGUUGUUCGGUGCCGUAUUCAUAUUGAUAGCAUGCAUCUCGAGUGCCUACGUGCCAACCCCGCACUGGCUAUUUGCCACACAUACGUUGUUGCACGGACUGGGAUCCUCUUUAGUUUUGAGCACUGCUGGAUUGGUUGUCAAUGAGCACUUUGAUAAAAAUCAUCGUUACCAUAUUUUGGCUACCACCCUUGUAUCAGGUGGGUCAGUGGCAGCAAUCAUAUUUGUGGAAUUUUACGCCUAUCUGAUUGAGUCAUUCGGGUGGCGGUAUGCCUUUAUUAUUCUGGGUGUCAUCUAUUUUGUUGUCCUAUUCGCUGGUGUGGCUGUAUACCGGCGGAACUCCAGCAAGUCCAAUGAGCGGAGCCAGAAGUGUGCGUUACCUGGACGUUACCAGUUCUCAUAUCGCAAGGGAUGUUUACUGUUCCUGUGGGCGAUAGACCGCGUAGUGACCAGUGUAGUCACUUACGGAAUGUUGCUCAAUCUGGCUGAUUAUAUGCACCGUAGUGAAACGUCACUGAGACGCAGUGCGUUAUUGACCACUCUGUUUGCUUCGGGCGAAGCCUGCACCUAUCUCAUUGGUGCCAUAGCUACCGCAUUGACGAGAGAUCUUCUCAAGAACCGAUUGCGAUACAUCCUGAUCGGCACGAGUUUUAUCAUGGCUGUCGGAUUAGUUGUUUGGGAAUUCAUGUCUUCCUAUUCCGGUGUCAGUCGAUUUUUGGCGUUCGUAUGUGGAUUUUGUCUUGGACCCUCUAUUACCUUCCUCUUCCCUGCUGGAGAGGAGUUGACGAUGCUCCCUGGUCAUAUGGCAUAUCCAUUCUCACUGGGAGGCAUGGGGCUCGGAAUGGCAUUAUCUCCACUCCUUUCCGCGAUGGUGGCCCAAGUAUUCACUUACAAGUGGUUUUUUCUGGUCCAAGGACUACUGAUGUUUUUAAAAUGUGCUUGCCUUAUCACUUCGACGGUCAUUUUACGAUUCAUAACAGGGGGUGCUUCAACGCACGUUCGGUGCACAUCGGAAAAUUUUACACCACACGCAGAUCCUGAUGACCGUCUCCGAGAUACUUCAAACUACGGUGAGAGGACUAGACGUGUCGCUUACUUCAUGCGAGCACCGGUACCGGAGGCUGAGGACGAGCAACGACUGUUGUCCGAGGAAUUGCAAUCAUAAUUAUCAGACUUUGCGGAAUGGCUUGGGUAAGCCUCCGAACUACAGUCCGUUGCAUGAAUUCACCCUCAUUUCACAAAUCACUUUGUGAUUGUACGUCACAUUUACAAGGGUUAAAGUUCUUUUAUUUUUAUUGACUUGUCAUAAAAAGUAUUUUUAUACGAUAAUGAUUUUCAAUCUGUUUUUUCCUGUAGUGUACAACGAUAGAGGGAGUAUGAAGAAUUGUUUCGAUUCUUGUCAGGUAAUCUGCGAUCCAGAAAUGUUCGCAGAACCAGAAUACUCUAACCACCCUCG